AUCUGUCCCACCUCAGUACGUCUAGAUUAACCCUUAGGGAGAAACAGCAGCCAUGAACACUCAACAGAUGGAGCAGAUGGGCCAGUUCAAGAUCACAGUGUGGGAGGAGGAGAACUUCCAGGGAAAGCGCUGUGAGUUCAUGCUGGAGUGCCAGAACAUCAUGGAGAGGGGAUUCAACAAGAUCCGUUCCAUCAAGGUUGAGAAUGGACCUUGGGUGGGUUAUGAGUACCCAGAGUUCCAGGGACAGCAGUUUAUUCUGGAGAAGGGAGACUAUCCUCGCUACGAGGCCUGGAGUGGAAACAGCAGCUACAGAACCGAGCACAUGCUCUCUUUCAGACCCAUCAAGUGCGCUAACCACAGUGACAGCAAGGUGACCCUUUACGAGUGUGAGGACUUCCAGGGCCGUAAGUUUGAGGUGUGCGAUGACUACCCCUCCCUACAGGCCAUGGGCUGGUGCAGCAAGGAGGUGCCCUCUAUCAAAGUCAGCUCAGGAGCCUGGGUUGCCUACCAGUUCCCUGGUUACCGUGGCUACCAGUACAUCCUGGAGAGGGACAGACACCAAGGCGAGUACAGAAACUACAACGAGUUCAGCACCCAGGCUCAUACCAACCAGGUGCAGUCCAUUCGUAGGAUCCAGCACUAAGCCUUCACUCUGCCUGACCUGACCUGAAAAAAACUCUCCCUGACCCCUACUUCUUUACCCUGGGACAGACCGCUGUCACAGAACAGUAGAUGGACAAACUCUCUCUAUCACUCUGUGGCUCUGCUUGUAUGGAUAACUAAGUACCUUCUUCUUCUACCAUGCUAUAGCAUGUUUUUGAAAUAGGAAAUAAAGGCUUUUCUUCCAAACUAGA